AAACGUGGUCCCGCCCACCGAGCGGAUCAAGUUUGAAUGAACAACAGCAGUCUUGCUCCGGAGGUGCUAUUUUGCAUUUGCAGUAAUUAUUAAAAAGUACGUCUCUUAUCUCGGGGGCACAGCGAUCGAGGAUGGACAUGAAGAAGAGGAUCCAUCUAGAGUUGCGGAACCGCACUCCGUCGGACGUCAAAGAACUUGUGCUGGACAACUGUCGCUCAAAUGAAGGCAAGAUUGAAGGCUUGACAGAUGAAUUUGAGGAGCUGGAAUUCCUGAGCACAAUCAAUGUAGGUCUCACGACAGUUGCCCACUUGCCGAAGCUAAAGAAACUCAAAAAGCUUGAACUCAGCGAUAACAGGAUCUCGGGAGGGCUGGAGGUUCUAGCGGAGAAAUGUCCCAACCUCACACAUCUCAACCUCAGCGGCAACAAAAUAAAAGACCUCAGCACAAUAGGACCACUGAAAGAACUGGCGGCCCUGAAAAGCUUAGAUCUGUUUAACUGUGAAGUGACAAACCUGAACGAAUACAGAGACAACGUGUUCAAGUUAUUACCACAGCUCACGUACCUGGAUGGAUACGACAAAGACGACAAAGAGGCACCUGAUUCUGACGGCGAGGUUUAUGCAGAAGGCUUGGAUGAUGAAGAGGAGGAUGAAGAUGAUGUAGAUGAGGAGGACUAUGAUGAAGAUGUACCACCUGGAGAUGAGGAGGAAGAAGGAGAAGAGGAAGAUGAAGAUGAGAAUGAGGAAGAGGACGACGACGACCUCAGUGGAGAGGAGGAAGAGGAGGAAGACUUGAAUGACAAAGAGGUUGACGAUGACGAUGAAGAAGAAGAGCGAGGCCAGAAGAGGAAAAGGGAACUGGAUGAAGAAGGGGAGGAGGAUGAAGACGAUUGAGAAUCCUCCUAAGCUAAGUUGUGAACUGUUUUAAACUUGUAUCUCCCAGUCAAUUACCUACAAGCCUAUGUAUCUUUCUCCCAGUUUCAUAUUGCAGGAAGAGUGGUUUUUGUUAUUGGCCAGUCAGAUUGAUGGAAAUACUUGGAGGGGGGGUGGGUAAAACUAAAUCUUUAAACUUUUUUGCUCCUGUGUUCCAGUCCACACGUCCACUUUGAGCAGCUUUGUGGACACCAGUUUUGUAAUAUCAAAUUAUAAUGAAAAGAAACCUUUUGGAGAAAUGUUUGUUUUCUCACCGUAUGUGUAAAACCAGUUUCCAAUGAUUUUUUUUUUUCUUCUUAAUUUUUUUUGGACCUCCAUAUUCAAAAGUAAAAUACAAAGUUAAACAAAAAAGAGUGCAUGUCUAAUACAUUUUAAAGUCAACUACUGGAAUUCAUGUAUGGCUGUCCUUUCCUCGUCUUAAAUGUAAUGUUUUGAAUUGUACUUUUGUUGUUUGUUUUUUUUCUUUUUCUUUAAUGUAAGUCAUGUGUUUGUAGUAUUACCAGUAUGCCAAUACUCUCUGCUGUCCAGGCGUGAAAUUUCUGUCUCAGCGUGCACAGUGUGACCCUCACAGGGAAUAUUUUUAAAUAAUGUCUGCCCUUGUCAAAACCGCUCCUCCUCCUCAAACCCUCAGCUUUGAUAGUUCGGAUAUUGCGUGUUUUUGUAAAUAAUGACCAAAUCUAUUUUUUUGUAUUCUCUUUGAUGAUGGCAGACAUUGAGCAGAUAACCGAGGUAAAACUAUGAAUUGUAAUAAGAUAUUAAACAUAUAUGCUGCUUUAUCAGAGAUACGCAGUAGGAAAUUUCCUGGCUUUGAAAUUUGUAUGCAGAAUUUUUCCAUAAAGAGAAAACGUUCAGCAUCAGAAGUCAUUCUUGUUUUCUUUUCUUUUUUUAUUUGUUCUUUUCUAGUACACAAAGGUGGCAAUGUUUGAAUUAGUAGUGCAGAUAAUUACUUGCUUUAAAUUGAGGUUAAUAACCACAACUUAUGUGUAUUGAAAAUGUAUUGUUUGAAAGUGUAAACUCUGUAAAGCAGUUUAAAUUAUAUGGACUUUUUUUGUAGUACACACAAUGGUCAAAUUGGCCUACCUCAGUGAUUUUUCACUCUGUUAAAUCCACUGUCAUCCGCCAAAUUAUGUUUCUUUUUCCCUCCCAUUCACUUCAAUAAAUCCCUUUU